GGGAAUAACCAGGCAAAGGAGGUUGCUGGCUUUCUCUCGGCCUAAUUGCGCGGAUGUGUUGAAAAGUUGAAAACACUCAAAACAGUCGACGCAGGAUUGACGGGUCCAACUACGCCGAGAAAGAAAUUCACCUCCUUGUGUUUGGCGGAAGAUGAAGCUGGGAUUUGUCCUCAUUUCCUUUGUAUUUUGUGGGUUGAUAGCUAAAUCAGUUUAUUCUGCAAAACCCAAAGACCCAUACCUUGGAGUUGCUCCUGAAGAUCUUGAGUAUUACAAGUCGUCCGCUGUAAUACUAUGUAAAGACGGAUCCAAGGAAUUCACCAAAGCUCAGCUCAAUGACGACUUCUGUGACUGCCCCGAUGGCACCGAUGAGCCAGGUACUUCAGCAUGUCCAAGCGGAAAAUUUUUUUGUCAGAAUGCAGGACAUGUUUCCGGGUUCCUAUAUUCAUCUAGAGUGAAUGAUGGAAUAUGUGAUUGCUGUGAUGGAAGUGACGAAUAUGACAGCGAAGUGAAAUGCCCAAAUAAUUGCUGGGAGGCUGGGAAAGUUACUCGUGAUAAACUAAACAAAAAGAUUGUCACAUAUCAGGAAGGUAUCUUCUUGCGAAAGCAAGAAGUUGAACAAGCACAAGUAGCUCUAUCAAGAGACGAGGCAGAACUUUCAAAGUUAAGAAAAGAAGAAAGUAUGCUCAAAGGGAUUGUGCAACAGCUGAAGGAGCAUAAAGAACAGAUAGAGAAGGCAGAGGAGAAGGAAAGAUUGAGGAAGGAAAAAGAAGAGAUGCUGAAAAAGGAGGCUGAGAGGAAAGCUGAUGAAGUGAACCCUAAACUGGAUGAAGAAGACGCACAGCAUAGAAAUGAAGCUCUGGAGCAAUCUGAUGACAAAGACAAUGAUGUGGCUAGUAACCAUGAUAGAAGUGGCUCUGUCAAUGAUGCUCCUAUACAUCAGGAUGCAGAAGAGGAUCAAAAGUUGGCGGACGUACUUGACAAUGAUAAUGGAGCCACAAAUAGUCCUGAAAGUGAAGGAUCUUCACAUGUAGGAGUGGAAGAGGGAAAUAAUGUACCUGAAAGCACUGAGGGAUUGUCAAAGGAAGAGUUGGGUCGGCUUGUUGCUUCUCGUUGGACAGGAGAGAAUCCUGCUAGGCAAAGUGCUGAAACUGAUACAACAAUUAAUAUGGCUGAUGAAGAUAAUGAAGAUCUUCCAAAGGAGACAAAUCAUGAGGAAUAUGAAGGUUAUGUGUCUGAAACAGAUGAUGACGGCCACAAAUAUGAUGAUGUUGAUGCAGAAGAUGAAAUGGAUGAAGACUUUCAUGAGGAGCAUGAUGAGCCUAGCUCCUCCUACAAAUCGGACAAUGAUAUUGGUCCUGAUUUGUCAGCAAACAAUCCUUCUUGGUUAGAGAAAAUACAGAAGACUGUACGAAACAUUUUUCAGGCUGUUAAUUUAUUUCAGACUCCCGUGAACCAGUCAGAUGCUGCUCGAGUGCGCAAGGAGUAUGAUGAGUCAAGUACAAAAUUAUCUAAACUACAGUCAAGAAUAUCAAGUUUGAAGCAAAAGCUGAAGCAUGAUUUUGGUCCAGAGAAGGAGUUCUAUUCAUUCUAUGAUCGUUGUUUUGAGAGCAAGCAGAACAAGUACACUUACAAAGUUUGCCCCUAUAAAGAGGCUUCUCAGGAGGAAGGCUAUAGCACCACGCGCUUGGGACGAUGGGACAAAUUUGAGGACUCAUACAGAGUUAUGGUUUUUUCUAAUGGUGACAAAUGCUGGAAUGGGCCUGAUAGGAGUCUGAAGGUGAGGCUAAGAUGCGGGUUGACAAAUGAGAUUACUGAUGUAGAUGAACCAAGCCGUUGCGAGUAUGUAGCAUUCUUGUCUACCCCAGCCCUUUGCCGCGAGGAAAAGCUCAAGGAGCUACAACAGAAGCUGGACUUGAUGAAUAAGGAACAGCCUCAACGCCAUGAUGAGCUGUGAGCCAUGGGGAUGGAUCUAACCAAGUCAGCUUCCUGGUCAAUGUGAUGCACAUUCAUGUGACUGAACUCCUAAUACGAGCAAGUGGCUUGAAGGGUUAAAGCAACUGAAGUGGCAUCUUGGUAGCUGUUUGCUACGACUCCCCUCUGACCGAUCGUUGCAACUGAUCAUGUAUUUGAGACCGUGUUACAUUGAGCUACUUUCAUUUUGUUUUACACCGAGGAAUGUGCUUUAGAAGGUGGUGUUAUAUUUUUAGAUUUAUAAGAAACGAAGCUAAACCAAUGAAGAUUGAGAACUCUCGUGAUCACUAGAAUUUGUCUUUUGAGUAGAAGCUGCUGCUUAACUCCAGGGAUUAGCUAAAAUCAUAUCUACUGCAAAAAUUUCAAAGAGAUCUGUUUAAUGUGACGGAUGUUUUAGAGUGAGGAAUGCUUCCCGGUACAAUUAA